AUGACCAACGAUGUUGCAUUCAUCAUAUACAAGAUCUCUGACGGCGGCUUCCCCCUCUCCCCCAAGGUGGACGCCCGCCGCCGUCGCAGCAUUGCGCCUCGAAACCGAGCCGAGCAGAGCACGAGACCAACCACCACCGCCACCACCAUCCACGACGCCGCGAAUCGCCGCCCGACCACCGACGACCUCCGUUCCUCUGACACAAAAACAAAACUUUUCGGGCUGUCGUCCGCCGACACCGUACACGCAAACCUUCCCCGAUACACCCCGUCAAAUAGUUCGAAAGCUUUCGAGCCCCUCACGAUGGGCGGCAACGCGAGUAAAGUCACCGCCCAGGACAAGGCCAUCCUCGACCUCAAGCUCCAGCGCGACAAGCUCCACCAGUACCAGCGCCGCAUCACGGUGUUGACCGACAAGGAAACGGCCGUCGCGAAACAGAUGCUCGCAAAGGGCGACAAGCCCCGCGCGCUUCUCGCCCUGCGCAGGAAAAAGUACCAGGAGUCCCUCCUGCAGAAGACGGACGCCCAGCUGGAGCAGCUCGAGAAGCUCACCUCGUCGGUCGAGUUCGCCAUGAUCCAGAAGGACGUCGUCUUCGGCCUGCAGCAGGGCACAAAGGUGCUCAAGGAGAUACACUCCGAGAUGGGCGGCAUCGAGCACGUCGAGAAGCUCAUGGGCGAGACGGCCGACGCCAUCGCCUACCAAAAGGAAGUCAGCGACAUGCUCGGCGGCCGCAUCUCGAACCAGGACGAAGAGGAGGUCGAGGACGAGCUGGCGGCGCUCGAGGCCAGCGUCGCGGCGGAGGAGGCGAUCCGCAACCCGCCGAAACAGCACAAGCUGCCCACCGUACCCGACACGGAACCCGUGCUGCCCGAAGAGCCAGAGCCAGAACCAGAAGCGCAGGAGCCGGCCAGGGUGCGGCAGGCCAUGUUGGCAUCAUGA